GCAAAUUAGACAGAGAGGGAGGCGGCAGCAGGACGGAGCGACGACAGAAGCGACCGUGUGUUUUCACUAUGUAGUUUCCUGUCAAACAACAGCCACUAUGCGGGACUUUCGGUCUAGCUAACACUGUCUCCGUCCAAGUCGACACUUUGUGUGACCGUUUCUCCUCGAGCUGAGAGGAUGAAGGGGAAGAAUCCUGUCAGUUUGUGGAGUUUGUAGCAACAGAAGAAACAGCAGCUCUGGCAGCUCUUUCCAGCUCCUAUUUGACACCUCUUUCUGCAGCGGAGCUCACCAUGAGUUAGAGGGCAUCGAAGACCAUUGCCAUACCUGCCCUCUCCACCAUCUGGAGCACCGUGUCUGACCUUGACAGCAGCAUCACACGCUCUGCUUCAUGAGCCAGCAGGAUGCGGCUGAGGUCCUCGCACUUUCCGAGCGCCUCCUCAUAGCUUCACACAAGGGACAAGCCGACAAUGUGGUCCAGCUUAUCAACAAGGGCGCAAAAGUAGCCGUCACCAAGGAAGGGAUCCCUUUGCAGCCAGUAUGGACAGGAGGAAUGAUAACAGCAACCAAUAACUCAUCCGAUGUACAUACAGACAUCAGUAAUACAUAUGGCAGAAGCCCCCUACACUUGGCUGCCUACAAAAGCCACAUUGAGGUUGUGCGUAUCCUGCUCAAAGCUGGCUGUGACCUGGACAUCCAAGAUGACGGGGAGCAGACGGCAUUACACCGGGCUGCCAUCGUGGGAAACAGUGAUGUCAUCAAUGCUCUCUUCCAGGAGGGUUGUGCACUGGACAGACAGGACAAGGAUGGCAACACAGCCCUCCAUGAGGUGUCCUGGCACGGCUUCAGCCAGUCUGUUAAACUGCUGGUGAAGGCUGGAGCCAACGUUCACGCUAAAAACAAGGCAGGAAACACAGCUCUCCACCUUGCAUGUCAGAACGGUCACGCUCAGAGCUCCAAGGUUCUGCUCCUGGGAGGCUCCAGGCCCGACAGCAAGAACCAUGCAGGGGAUACGUGUCUGCAUGUAGCAGCCCGCUACAACCAUGUGGCUAUGAUCCAUAUCCUGCUGGGAGCCUUUUGCUCCGUAUCAGAGAAGAACCUGGCUGGGGACACACCGCUACAUGUGGCAGCUGCUCUGAAUCAUAAGAAGACAGUACGUCUGUUGCUGGAGGCAGGAGCAGACAUCCGUAUGUGUAACAAUGCAGGUCAAACAGCUUUGGACCAGGCCAGAGAGCACAACAACCCAGAUGUGGCUCUUCUACUGACCAAAGCUCCCCAGGUGCAGAGUUUUGUGCGUGGCAGGAGUGUGAGGAAGAGGAGAGACAAGCUAAAGGCGGAGGGCAGAGCUCAGUCGGUGCCCAGAAAUGAGAUGCUGCCCUGUAAGGACAGUGCAUCUGCUGCAGAUGACACUCAGAGCAGUGACCGAGCUGCCUGCAAAUAUGCUGAGGUGGCCGAGUCAAAUACCAGGAGGGGAAAGAACAGGAAACAGAAAGAAAAACCGUCUUUGUCUGACCCCCUCCGCCGCAGAGAGACCAGGCACAGCGAAGUCUUUCACAAGAGGAAAGGCAAACUGCAAGGAUCCUCCCUUCAUGCAUCCAUCCCUCCACACAGCUACAAAGCCUAUCAGCUCUACACACUGUACCGCGGCAAGGAUGGCAAGAUCAUGCAGGCUCCUCUGAACGGCUGCCGCUGUGAACCUCUCAUCAGUAAACUGGAGAACCAGCUGGAGGCCACCAAGGAGGAGAUGAAGACUGAAAUCCACACUGUCCAAGACCUGAUGAACAGCAAGAUGGGUCAUCUGGACAGGAAGAACACUUACCAGAUCCGAGCUCUUGAUAAGAUGACAGUGGAGAGAGUGUCAGCAGAGAGGAGCGAGUGUCUGCAGAGGAUCGAAAAACAGGCCUUGCAGGAGAGACUGGAGGCAGAGAAGAGACAGCAGGCAUCCCUGGUUAGUGAGCUGAAGAGCUGGUGUCUGUCCAAGCUGCAGAACAUGGAGGUUCGCUUCACAGUAGACCCCAGCAGCAGCAAGCUUCAGCGCUCCUCCUCUGUGGCCAAGGGCCUGAAUGAAGUCAAUGGAGCUGGCCUCACUGUGCUGCCUUCUGGCGAGGGUGGAAGCUCCCAAUGCCUGGAGUGCCACAACAGCCCUGCUUUCCUUGAGUCCAGCCGGGGGGAGCCAAGUGUGGCAGAGGAUGGCUCAGCCAACCAUUACUUUGUUGUUCAUGUGGAGAGCUCUCCAGAAACCCCCACCAUGCAGAUACCAGCCCCCAUAGUGGCAGCACUGAACAAAACGGAAGUUAUGGAAUUCCUGGAUGACUGCCAGUGGCAGCAAACAAAGUGGAUAUCUCUCCUCGUGCUCUGGAUGGUGUUAAGGCUCAGAAUGCAGAAGUCACCUCUCCUGCAGCAGCCAAGAGCCCGCUGUCAUCUGUCCAAGUGGUUCGACCCAAGGAGCGUUCAAUGAUCUGUGCGAAAAACCAGAGGAAGAACCAGGACCUGCAAGACGUGGACAUGGUGGAGUACGGGGUGGGGGGAGGCAGGAAUUACAGAGCCAGUAGCCUUUCUCUGGUCACAGAGUGCUGCUGCAGCAGCGGGACUGAAACCAGGCUCAUAGUCGGGGAGCAAGGGCGGGACAGAGGGAAGCACUACAAGAAGCAUUCCCAGGGCAGGACUAAAUCCAGAGGGGCCACAGGACUCAGGACUCUGGAGGUCUUUGGAGACCAGCCCAGUGAACCCUCCUUUUCCUUUGCUCAGGAGAGGGACAACAUGCAUGCUCUGGAGGUGACCCAGUACUUCUUUGAGGCGGUGUCGACGCAGAUGGAGCGCUGGUAUGAGAGGAAGGUGCAGGAGGCUCGCUGGCAGGCCGAUCAGAAGGCUCAGGCCGACAGAGCUGCUCUGAUCGAGAGGAUCACUUACCUGGAGGACGAGCUGCGCAUGCUGAGGACUAAUAGACAUGACGACUGCUAACACACACAUCAUCUGUCACUACCGGGCUGCAUAAAAAAUUACAAAAUCCAUGACAAUUACCUGGAUUUAUGACACAUUCUCCUACUGAACAACUAUGGCCAUACUGAGUAGAUAAAUGAGUGAAUUUAUAUUUCCAGUGCUGUGGGGCCUGGAUCCACUGAAUCAUAUCAUAAUAGAAUACAGCUAUUCCAUUUCUAUAGAUGCCUAAAAAUGUUCCACGUUCAAAUCCCUGCCUUGUUGGUUGUCAUGGUAGCACUGGUCUGGUAUGGGCAGCUCUCGUGCACUGUUGUAAAUAAACCAGUAGAUAUAAAACUAGGUGUCAAAAGAUUGAUCUAAUGUGCCAUUUAUAGGAUAGAUAAAUUACAUCACAUCAAAAUGUAGUAUUUGCAGUGUGUACACACACACAUCCACACAUUAUAAGCCCAAACAUACUCUAAAUAUUGACGUGUGUAAACAUCUUUCAUUAACAUCAGACAUAAAUUAUCUGCACAAUGAUAUCAUUGGAUGAUAGUGAAAGCUGUCUGGAUAGAGGAAAUUACAGUAUGAUAAGCUUUUGUUGGUAUCUGCAUGCUGGAAUCAGCCAUGUGACUUUAGAGGAACAUACUAGUGAUUAUUUAUGAGAAUGAGGCUAAACUGACACUGUAUAUAACCCUUCUGAAGGUUUUUUUGAGUGUAUCAGUGGUUGAUUUUGCUGCAUGGUAUGAUUUGUAUGGAAGCUGGAGUAUGCCCAUAAAAUAAUUAUAGACUUAGUGUUAAAUAUAAUUUGCUUAUAAAUUGAUACAAUUUGAAAAACCAAAAUUUUAUUAUAUAAAACAAAUGUAAAAGAUUUUAUAUUAUUCUAUUUACUUAUUCUGGCUUAAAAUGGAAUUGCAAAAUUAAUUUUAAAAAGAAUACUUUUUCAUAUUCCGUUUCCUCAUUUGUCCUUCUCACAUUUUAUUUGUCCCCUGCUUUGACAUGUACAGUUUAUAUUUCAUGAUUACUUUAAUUUAAAGAUGUGCAAGCAGUGUGCCACCUAAUACUCAUUUUCAAUGAUAAUUUAUCUUUCUUAGUUAUAACAUAGUAUUGUGUAUUCAAAAAUGUAACAGGAGCUCUAAAUGGUUAAGAAAAUAUUAUCUAAAUGCUGAAGCACCACAGGCCAGGCAAUUAAGCUUUUGAAAAAGGAGACCCUCAAGAGCCAUCAAUGCCUGGUGAUUCACACAGGGACAAAUGACCAACACAGCCUCUGUAAAGAGGAAGAUGGCAGAAUAGGCCAUUAGGGAGUUCCUUGACACCUGCAUUGUAGUCUCCACCCUACUGCCUAGGACAGACACCCCUUCUCAUGUCAUCCAUGACAUUAAUAUGGAGAUCAGAAGAGGAUGUGGCACCUUACCCAACAUCCACCUGGCCCUCCACCCAACCAUUGGCACCUGGGACAUAUAUGAUGGACUCCACCUACACAGAAAGUGGGUGAAGAUAUUUGCAAAGACCCUCAAAGAUACAGCCCUGGGACACAAUGCCCCCACACCCUCCUCUACUAGCAGCUUUAGAGACCAUCCCAGACCUCCUCUUCCCCAUCACCAUCCCAGGAUCACCCCCUCCCCAUCAGCAGCAGAGAUAUGUGGCAGCACCUGCCCCUUGUCCCACUAACCACCCACAGCAGCAGAGAUAUGCAGCAUCACCCGCCCCUUAUCCACCUCCCCAUGCUACCUCUGAGCUGGAAGACAUCAGGGAGAUGCUGCACACCCUGUGCACCCGGCUUCUGUUCCGCUAAAACACAUACUCAGAACACCUUCUCACUUGAGAAGCAGAACGAUAGCAAUAGUAGUAGUCAGUAUAAUGAUAAUAUUAGUGAAAAUAGUACAUGCCUCCAUGUAACCCAUAUAAACUUAUUAUUCAGUAUUGUAAAUGUAUAGAAAAUUGUAGGUGUUUUUAUAUUUGUCUCACUAUACAAGUUCAUUUUGAUUGUUUUUUUAACUGUAUUUAUUGAACUUUUUUUAAAAACAAAACAGUUACAUAACUUUUACAUACAAUAUUAAUACAUGAAAAAAAGAAUAAAUAAAUAAACAUUAGGAAAAAACAAACAAAAACCCCCCCACUAAGUUAAAAAAAAAAAAAAAAAACCUGACAGCAAUUCAGUAAAUGCACCACAUAUCGGUAAAUUACCUGCAUGGAUUAAACAUUAAUAUAUUAAUAUAUGUUAAAACUAUUUCCUUCGAGCAAAUAUAUUUCAAUAAGUGCCCACUUCUGUUGAAAAAAAGUCAGAUUUUACCUGCAAGUCCGUGGUCAUUUUCUCAAAAAUAUAUAUCUGUUUCAGUCUUUGUGUCCACUCACCUUCAUCCAGUUUACAGUGAUUAUCUUCCUGGCUGCCAUUAAUAAUACAUGCAAUACAAAUAAGUGGAAUUUACUGAACUGAUCCGAGGGGAAACCAUCAAGCAAAUAAAAAACUGGGGGCAUUGGUAUAUCUCUUCUUAAAAUUUUACUACUUUCCCUUUUAAUCCCCUGCUAAUACAAUAGUACUUUGGGACAUUCCCAGAAUAUAUGCACAUAGUCCCCCACCAUUCCACAUUCUCUCCAACACUGUGAUAAUGGCAAUAUACUGUCAAAUUUGGCAACCACCAAUGGGACUCUGAAGAAUCUCAUUUUCAUUUUCCAAUCAAAUUCCUUCCACAUUUGACUACUUAUACCCUUAUGACAGCCAGCGCAUAUAUUUAUCCACAUCUCAUCCUCUAUUACAGUAUUUAACUCUAAUUCCCAAUUUCUUUUGAUAUGAAACGUGUCAUCAGAUUGGUCCUGUAUUAACUUCCUAUAAAUAUGUGCUAUAUGAUUUUUAGUAGGUAGACCAUGUUCAAUAAUAUUGAUAAAAUAUUUUUCAACA